AUGGCAUCGCUUAAACCGGCCACAAAUUAUACCUCUUGCUCCUUGCAUGAGCCUGUCAAAAUAUUAGCCUCUGAGGAAAGUCUAUCCGAUAUUUCGAUUCAAACUAUACCGGAAUUUUUCCAUCAAUGUUGUGAAAGAUUUAGAGAUUAUCCCGCCCUGGCCUACAAGGAUAAAUUAGAGCAGUGGGCUACCGUAAGCUAUGAAGAAUAUGAGCGGAAUGUUGAACGGGCAGCAUUGGCAUUACUUUAUUUGGGUGUGGAACCUCGUACGUCGGUGGGAAUUUUAUCCUUCAAUUGUCCGGAAUGGUUUUAUGUAAAUUUGGCAGCGGUACGAAUAAAUGCCGUAUCGGCUGGAAUUUAUACUACCAAUUCGGCAGAGGCCGUUUUUCAUAUACUCGAGACCUCAGAUGCCAGUGUGGUGGUCGUGGAUGAUACGAAACAAUUGCAGAAAAUUCGUUCGAUACGUGCUAGUUUGCCUCAGCUGAAGGCAGUUGUUCAGCUACAUGGGCCCUAUGACUUCGAUAAGGAACAACAGGAGGAGGGCUAUUAUCGUUGGUCGGAUCUGUGGGAAAUGGAGUUUAGUACUUCAUUGCGGGAGGAAUUGCUGGAGAGGGAAAGGGAAGUGGCCGCAAAUGAUUGUGCUCUACUUAUAUUUACGUCCGGCACCGUGGGCAUGCCCAAGGGCUGUAUGAUCUCGCACGAUGGUAUAUUGUAUUGUGCCAAGACCAUUAAUCGUUGUCUGCCCUAUCUGCAGCAGGGUGGUGAAAAAAUUAUUUCCUAUUUACCGCUCAAUCAUAUGGCCGCUCAAUUGUUUGAUAUGUUUAUGGGUAUGGAAUUUGGGGCGGUAACAUAUUUUGCUGACCGCAAUGCACUGAAGGGUACCCUGGGGAGAACCUUGCAAGAAGUUCAGCCGACAGUAAUGUUUGGUGUUCCACGGAUCUUUGAAAAAAUGCAGGAGCAGCUAAUGCUAUUGGAAGCCAAUUCGGGAUGCCUGAAGAGGUGUUUGCUGCAAAGGGCCAGGAACUAUAUGCAGCAAUAUCAUCUAAAUCGGCUUGAGGGAAAACCCAAUUCCUGUAUGAAGUACUGGCUGGCCUCUAAACUGACCAAUCGCAUUAAGCAUGCCAUUGGUUUGGGAUCCAUCAAGGAUUGUAUCAUUGGCGGAGCACCGGUCACCGAAGAACUGAAAUUGUUUUUCCUAAGUUUGGAUUUACCCUUGACCGAUGUUUUCGGUAUGUCCGAGACCAGUGGUGGUAUUAUUUUCAACUUUGAGAAGACCAAUCUGCUGGCCACCGGAAAACCCGUUGAGGGAGUGGAAAUUAAAAUAAAGGAUCCCACGGGGGAAAAGAAUGAAGGGGAGCUUCUGGUAAGGGGCCGCACCAACUUCAUGGGCUACCUAAAGGAGCCGGAGAAGACCAAGGACACGGUAACCGAUGACUGUUGGAUUUUGACUGGAGAUGUGGCCUAUUUGGAUACCGAGGGUAAUGUCUAUGUAAGUGGCCGUAUCAAGGAACUGAUCAUUACGGCCGGUGGUGAAAAUAUACCUCCCGUACACAUUGAGUCUUUGAUUAAAAAGGAAUUGCCCUGUCUGAGUAAUGUUAUGGCCAUAGGGGAUCAUAGGAAAUAUUUGACCGCCCUAUUGACAUUUAAGACUGACAUCGAUCCUCAUACCGGUUAUCCCAUGGACACUCUGCUACCCGAAACCAAAGAAUGGUUGGCCUCAUUAGAUCUCCAUUAUAAUCAUCUCUCGGAAAUGUUACACAUUGAAUUGCCAGAAAAUCUGCAAGACUUCGAUCCAAAUAGUGUGGAGGUACAACUUGAUAAUAAGGUACAGUUAGCCUUGGAAGCGGGCAUCGAACGUUAUAACCUGCAGGCCAUAUCGAAUGCCCAGAAAAUUCAAUAUUUUAGUGUGCUGCCACAUGAUUUUUCAAUACCCACUGGGGAAUUGGGUCCCACACUGAAAAUUCGCCGCAACAUUGUCCACACGAAAUAUGCCAAGGUCAUUGACAAAAUGUAUCAAAAAAAUUAAAAAUGAUA